UUGUUUACUGUUAGUACUUACUUUGUAAUGGGUGGUGGUCCAGAUUGAGUAGUAUUGAAGACCUAACGAGGGCCACAAUGAAGAAGUUAACUCAAGGAAUGGCUGAGCAUAAUAAAGCAAUGGCUGCUGCUAAAACUGAUGAAGCAAAGGAUAGCAUUAAAACUCAAAAGCAGAACACCACAACGGGAUUGCGUACCUGCAAUAACAUUUUAGCCAUGACAAAGCCCUUGCAUUCCAAAUCACCUGCAUUCAUUGGAGAUAAGAGUGUCAACCUUUCUUGGAAAGAAGCUAUAAAACCUUCUGUACCCUCCAAUGCAACUGCAACUGGGGUGAAGCGACCUAAUGCAGCUAAUGGAUCUAAUAAUUUUGCAACAAAGAAGGGCCGUGGAGGUGGUGGUAUGCCAAAUCAGCUUGUUAAUAGAGCAUUUGAAGGUAUAUCUUAUGGUGGGAGAGGCGGUGGUGGAAGAGGCAGGGGUAGGGGUAGGGGAUGGGGAGGACGUGGAGGAGGAAGAGGCUAUCGGUAACUUGAGGGCAUGAAUCAUAGAAUGAAGACGAUCAGAAUUUCGAGACUCUGUUUCUACCUAAAGAACAUGCUGAGAAGUCAUUGAUAUGUUAAAACCUACUCUCUUUUCAAGGCAGUUUUGUUUGAUACCUGAUGCUGAUGAGUUUUUAGAUUCUUAGUGGACUAACAACAGCCAUUGUAGUCCUUUGGAAGUUUGUCUGGCUAGCGUCUGUGAUUUGAGUUCCCAAUCCUGUCAAAUUUUAGUGUAUUUGAACAACAAAUUUGCAUGUUUUUUUUAUAGUGUGGGGAUGGUUGUGUCUUGAUGAUCGUAAAGUUAUAGUGACCUAGUUUAUCAAGGAUGAGUACUCAGACCUGGUUAUGUAGAAUCUGACCGUGCUUGUUAAGUUAAUUUUGAUCUUAAAUAAGCAUUAAAAUCUUUUUCUG